GGUCGAGCGCCCAACUUUUUUUUCCCGGUAAGAAAAUUAAAAUCUUGGGGUCGGAGGUUUGAUAUGGUUGCAAUUCCCCAGACAACGCUACCCCAAGGAAACAAGGCAUAGACAAUUAUCAUCCUGGUGGAAGCCUAUCUUUUAUUUGGGCUGUUGCUAAAUUGUUUUCCUUCUUGCUCUUUUGCAGCCAGAGUCUCGUCGAUUCAUGGCGGCGGGGUAAAAUAUCCCUCUCAAGAUGCGCAACCUGAAAAACGUUCGCCUCGCCGAGGUGCAACUUCAGAACGACCUCCCUUUAACAGCCACUGCUUGGGAUACGACUUCGGAUGCAAUCGUUUGUACAUUCGGACCUGCCCAGGAUAAUGCCGUUAUUGAACUGCGGAGAAAGCGUCACGAUGCCUAUUUCUCGGACCCGGUAGGCGCGGACGUAUUUGAAUGCAUCGCAUCGUGGGAUGCACCUUGUCCUUUGCCCGACUUGGCUUGUGACCGAGUCCUUUCUUUGCAUUACUUUGCAGACAAUCUCACAGCAUGUCUGGUGCUUGAAGGAGGUGAUAUCAUCAUUGUUCGUGAAGAACCUCUUCCCGGCGAGGACAAGAUCGAGAUUUUGGGCUCGGUUGAUGUUGGCAUCACAGCUGCUGCUUGGUCUCCAGACGAAGAACUCUUGGCUAUUACAACAAGAGCCAAUACAUUCCUUUACAUGACUAGAGAUUUUGAGAAUGUUGCAGACAUUACAUUCACUCCUCAAGAUCUCCAGGCAUCUCAGCAUGUAUCCGUGGGAUGGGGAAAACGGGAGACUCAAUUCCAAGGAAAGAGAGCCAAAGCUCUUCGUGACCCAACUGUACCGGAGAAAUUUGAUGAGGGAAAGCUGAGCAACAAUGAUGAUGCUAGCACCACCAUUACCUGGCGAGGAGACGGUGCUUACGUCGCGGUGAAUAGUAUUGAAGCAGGUAACCGCCGAGUGAUUCGGGUCUAUUCAAGAGAGGGGACUAUUGAUAGUGUCAGUGAGCCUGUUGAUGGGCUGGAAGGAGCACUGAGCUGGAGACCCUAUGGCAAUCUCAUUGCAGGUAUCCAGCGGCUUGAUGACCGGGUCGAUGUGGUAUUUUUUGAGCGAAAUGGAUUGCGCCAUGGGGAGUUCACGCUUCGUCUUACAGACGAAGAGAGAGCAUCAUGGGCUUCGAAUAUUCACCUGAGCUGGAAUAUCGAUUCGACGGUGCUUGCAGUCCAAUUCAAAGACAGAGUGCAAUUCUGGACAAUGGGCAACUACCACUACUACCUCAAACAGGAAGUACCUGUGACGGUCAGCCCGGAGUAUUCGACCCCAUUCUCCUUUACAUGGCACCAAGAAAAGGCUUUGCGUUUUGUGGCUGGCGCUUCAGUCUCGAUGCUAGAUGUGGACUUUGUUUUUGAUGUUCACCACGGCUCAACCCUAGUUCCAGAUGACGUUGGUGCAGUUGCAGUCAUUGAUGGCAAAACACUGAAGUUGACCCCUCUGAGGCUGUCCGGAGUGCCACCUCCGAUGGCGCACAACGAACUGGCGCUGGACUCGAAUGCUAUCGAUGUUGCGUUCAGCAAAUCGGGGUCCCGAAUCGCCGUCCUGAUGAAGGAUCACUUCUCCGUCUUUCUGUGGUCACUUAAAAGCAAACCCGUUGCCUGUCCCAUACUGGAGUCGAGCUAUCCUUUGUCACCUGACAGUCGACCUAGGCAAAUCGCCUUUUUGAAUGAGAAUGAAGUGUACGUUCUCAAGACUGGCCCACUGAACAACGCGCAAAUCGAGCAUACGGCACUAGAGAGCCGUCUGUCCAAGAUUGCGUAUGAAGCCACCGACUCCGAGCAACUGUUUACUCUCUUCCCAACCCUUGGUCAUGAAUCACUAUGGUUCUCUCAUGUUAGCCAACCCGGACGGCCUAUCUCAUACUCAAGCAUCACCCUGAAGUCACCAGACGAACUUGAAGUUUCUCCUUGGGUUCUAAGCCCCACAGUUGACACUUACUGGGCUCGAGCUGCUCAGAUAUCCGAAGACGAGCAUGUCUUGAUCUCUAUGACAAGAACAGGAGCUCUAUAUGCCAAUAAAACGUUGCUCGCCAAAAACUGCACCUCAUUCGUCGUAACCACGGCUCACGUCUUGUUUACUACUUCUCAACACCUCCUUAAAUUUGUUCACUUGGACAACCCAGAGAUUCUCUCUCGUUUGAGUGAGGAUGAUGUGUCGCAAACUCUUUACAAGGACACCCUAAAGGUGUCUAAGCCUGAAGCGGUUGCUGCUGCCAUGCUGAAAGGUAACGCUCCGGCUUCAACCAACAAGCUACCCAGCAAAGGUAGCAAGGUCAAUCGGAUUUGCGAUGCGUUUUUGGCUACUCUCGAGAAGCGAUUGGAUACCAAUCUGCAGAAUCUGGUCACUGCACAUGUUUGCAAGUCACCACCAGAUCUUGAUGCUGGACUUCAGCUCGUUGCUCGUUUGAGAGAGAAAAGCUCUGAACAAGCGCAAGAUGCAAUCGAGCAUAUGUGCUUUUUGUCGGAUGCAAAUCGCUUGUAUGACCAUGCACUGGGUCUCCAUGACCUCGAGCUCACGCUUUUGGUUGCACAGCAAGCUCAGAGGGUAAGAAUUGCAUAUAAAGAUUUCUCGCACAUUUCAUUCUAAUAAAGUUUACUACAUAGGAUCCUCGGGAAUAUCUCCCAUUCUUGCGCAAGCUGCAGAAACUCCCCGAGCUCCGCCGGUGCUUUGAGAUUGACAACUACCUUGGUCGCUGGGCCAAGGCACUUAAAUAUCUUCAUGCGCUGAAUGAAUUCGACGAGCUCCGGGCGUACGCAAUCAAGCAUGUCUUGUAUAAAGAAGCCAUCGAGGCUUACAAAUAC